GUGAGAAGCCAUCUUAUGAUAAAACUUUUUACAAUAAACACAGUCAGCGUGAAAGUGAAACUGUUUCUUAUCUUUCCUUCACAGUGUGUGAGGCAGCCAUUUUAGAGAGCAGAGAAGGCAGUAACUUUCUUUAAGAAUGGCAGAGAAAUCUUUCUUGUUCAGCCUGGAAGAGGAGCUGUCCUGUUCUGUGUGCUGUGAUAUAUUCAAGGAUCCUGUUACAAUUGAGUGUAACCAUAACUUCUGCAAGGCCUGUCUGAGCCAGCACUGGAAGAAGAAGGGGAUUAAGGAGUGCCCAGUGUGCAGGAGACUAUCUUCUGUGGAUUGCCCUCAAAGCAAUUUCACUCUCAAAAAUAUCGUGGAGUCGUACGUAAAUCAGAAAUGCUCAGCAACAACUGAAACUAUCUGCAGCCUGCAUAUUGAAAAAAAGAAGCUGUUCUGUUUGGAUGAUGAAGAGCCUAUUUGUCUUGUGUGUCAAACUGCCAAGAAACAUGAAAACCACAAGGUCCGUCCAGUCCAGGAAGCUGUACUGGAUUACAAGGGAGAACUCAAGACUGUGCUGGAGCCCUUGAGGGACAAGCUGAAAACCUGUAAUAAAGUUAAAGCAGAAUGUGAUAAAACAGCAGAGCACAUCAAGAAACAAGCCCAGCAAACAGAGAGGCAGAUAAAGGAGGAGUUUGAGAGACUUCACCAGUUUCUACGAGAUGAAGAAAAGGCCAGGAUAGCUGCACUGAGGGGGGAAGAGGAACAAAAGGGAAGAAUCAUGAAAGAGAAGAUUGAAAAUAUUACAAGAGAAAUCUCAUCCCUUUCAGACACAAUCCGAGUGAUAGAACAGGAGCUGGAAGCUGAAGACAUCUUCUUCCUGCAGUACAAAGACACAAAGAGAAGAGCCGAGUGCACACUGCAGGAUCCACAGUGUGUUUCAGGAGCGCUGAUAGAUGUAGCCGAGCACCUGGGCUCUCUGAAGUACAAAGUGUGGGAGAAGAUGCUGGGGAUUGUUCAAUACACUCCAGUGACUCUGGAUCCCAACACAGCAGCACCCUGGCUCAUACUGUCUGAGGAUCUAACAAGUGUGAGAGACAGCAAUGAGAAACAGCAGCUUCCUGACAACCCAGAGCGGUUUGAUUACUAUGUCUUUGUGCUGGGCUUUGAGGGAUUCACUUCAGGGAAACACUGCUGGGAUGUUGAAGUUGGAAACAAAACUGCCUGGGAUCUGGGUGUGACAAAAGAGUCCAGCCAGAGGAAAGGGAGAUUCACUCUGAACCCAGGAGCAGGAUACUGGGUUAUAGGCCUGAUGAAUGGGGAUCAGUACUGGGCAUGGACCUCACCACAGACACAACUCACUGUGGAGAAGAAACCCCAGAAGAUCAGAGUUCAGCUGGACUGUGAUGGGGGGGAGGUGGCAUUCUUUGACUCCAGUGAUAUGAGACCUCUCUACACUUUUAAACACAGAUUUACUGACAGGAUGUUUCCAUAUUUCUCUCCUUGCUUAAAUGAAGAUGGGAAAAACUCUGCCCCCCUCAGAGUGUGCCCUGUGAAGACAGUUAUAAAAGUGGACUAGCCCAAUGUGUUCAGGAUGAACAAUAGGGCUGUAUAAUAAUAAUAAUAAUAAUAAGCCUGUGACCCUGCUGGCCGCUGCACUCUGAUAGGGCUGUAUAAUAAUAAUAAUAAUAAUAAGUAGUAAACCAGUAAGAACAGGAGCAGGUUGUGUAGUUUACUGGAGGUGCUGGGGGUGUAUAUGGGGGGGGGGUCUCAUUGGUAUAAUAUCAUGUCACACUGCUGCAGCCAAUAGAAACACAGUAAAUACAUCAUUCCUGCUGGAACUCAGAAUAAAAGGAUGCUGGCUGGCAGUCAACUCUUUGUAAUUAAUGCCAAUGUUAUAAAUCUAAUAAAGUUAUGACCCCACAUUGUUUAUGUAAUUAU